AAGCCUGCACAUAGAGUCAGUCGUUGAGCAACAGUGUCCGUGAGAGAUCAUCCUCGAUCUUUUUUUUUUUUUUUAUCGUCUAUUCGUGGUGCGUGUGCGUAAGUUGUCAGUGUGCAGUGUGCGGAGUAUCGCAGCGGCAACAGUGGCCUAGCCAAAGAAGUGGCUCGAGGCCCCGCAUUCGACGACGUGUUUUUUCACGCGAGAGACGCCGCUAGCUAGCGCGAGCUCUUCGGAUUUGAUUAGGUUUCAACAGAUUUAAAAGAAAUCAACAAUGGCGAUCUUUGGUUUGGUGUCGGCUGUGACCGGCUUCGUGAAGGUUCGGUACCUGAUCGACAAAGCCGUCAUCGAUAACAUGAUCUUCCGGGCACAUUACAGAAUCACCUCAGCCAUACUCUUCGCCUGCUGCAUCAUUGUUACGGCCAACAAUUUGAUAGGCGACCCGAUCAACUGCAUAACGGACAACGGCGUUCCCGGCCACGUGAUCAACACCUACUGCUGGAUCACGUACACGUUCACGAUGCCGACCGACCAAUUCAAACAGGUGGGCGUCCAGGUGCCCCAUCCCGCCAUCGGCAACGAGAACAACGGCGAGAAGAAGUACCACUCGUACUACCAGUGGGUGCCGUUCAUGCUCUUCUUCCAGGGCGUCAUGUUCUACGCGCCCCACUGGAUCUGGAAGCAGUGGGAGAACGGCACGAUGCGCAGCAUCUCCGACGGUAUGCGCGGCGCCAUCAUGGACACCAAGGCCGAGCGCCAGGCGCGCUUGCAGCGGCUCGUCCAGUACAUCACCGACACCAUGCACAUGCACAACAUGUACGCCUUCGUCUACUUCCUCACCGAGGUUCUCAACUUCGUCAAUGUGAUUGUCAACAUGUUUAUGGUUGACAAAUUCCUCGGAGGAGCCUUCUUGCAGUACGGCUGGGAUGUGGUCAAAUUCAGUCAGAUGGAUCAAGAAUUCCGCAGAGAUCCUAUGAUCGAGGUCUUUCCACGAGUCACCAAAUGUACCUUCCACAAGUAUGGUGCUUCCGGUACGAUUCAGACGCACGACGCCCUCUGCGUUCUCGCUCUCAACAUCCUCAACGAGAAGAUCUACGUCUUUCUCUGGUUCUGGUUCAUCAUCCUGGCUUGCAUGUCUGGAGCGGCCAUUGUUUACAGCGCUGCCAUUGUUCUGUUGCCCAGCACUCGCGAGUACAUCUUGAGGAGGAGAUUCAAGUUCUUUGACCAAAAUGCCGUCACCGCCCUUGUCCGCAAAACUCAGAUCGGUGAUUUCCUCAUGCUUCACUUGCUUGGUCAAAACAUGAACAUGAUGAUGUUCAACGAAGUCCUCGAGGUGCUUUGCCGCAGAUUACAUAUGGGCUCGAGUGGAGCUUCGCCAUCGUCGAACUUGCCAUCAGCGCCUAGCACACUCGAAAUGAAUCCCAUAUACCCAGCAAUUGACAAAGCAUUCAGCAAAGACGAAUUCAGCAAAGACGCUGACAUGUAGAAUUAAGUUCUACUCUUCCUUUGACGCUGGUUUUUCACUAUCACCAGAAUCUUUCGAGACAAAUAUGAAAAUUGUGAUAUAGCAUGGAAAACGACAAUAUGAGGGGCCAAUUUUGAUACUGUAGCAUUAAGAAGAUAACAAAACCUCGUCAACGAACGAUCAAAGCGGCUAUUUCCACGAGACAAAUGAAAAUGUGCGCUCGUGCGGGAGAAGCGAUGGGCUGUGAGAGCGUAUGUAUAAGGUUGUGUGUAUGAAAAAUUCAUCGUUUGGUUGAUUAGCCACCGAACGAUGAAUUUUUUCCUAAUCCGCCCCUGUAAACUUUGAUAUUUUCGUUUGAAGGAGUAAAUCCCCGUCGACGUUGUCAUAAUGCCGCGAGAUCUUCGCAUAAUAUAUUAUGUUAAUAUUAUUUAAAUUAUUACGAUUAUCAUUACUAUAACUAUUUCAUUUCUGCAUUGAUUGUUUUUUUUUUUUUCAUUUAUUAUUUUAUUUUGAUUCUGCUUUCGCUCUAAGCAGGCAGUAUUUCAAAUGGAUCACGUUUAACAGCACUAAUUCGAGUGUUGAAAUGUUAACGUGUAUAUGAUCAGCUUUUGCUUCACAAAAGAACUUAUGACAUCACGAAACUUCAAAAAUAAAAUUAUUAAAACAUGUUUUUUACGUUAUCGAUAAUUGUAUCUAUUGUUAUAAGUAGCAUUUAUUAGUACGUAGGGUUUUCAAUAUUUCGUAUCACGUAGAGGUCGUGGUUAAUUCAUGAAAAAAAAUUUGUAAAAUAUAGAUAUAUUUUUACCAAAAUUAUGAGGUACUACAGAUAAUGAAAAAGUACGCGCGAUAUUUCACAGCUGCAUGUAAAUUAUUAAGCGUUCUUCAUUGACUUACUGCCUGAUCAAAAUAAUUAUAAUCUGCUGAAGUCGACAAUUUUUGUACAAACGUACAAGGCUUCGUAUAUUACCAAGCAAUCUUACUAGCCACUGAAAAUUCAUGUUUUAUUUUAAAAAAAUAAGAUAUAUUUGACUUUAUGAAUUAUUCUAUUAAUCGCUAGUACUGACUUCAUUAAUACGAGCAAGGCAAUUGAAAGUCAUUUGUUGUUUAUAGUGGUAAACCGAAUAAUUGCAAUAGUACGUUUAAGAGAAGUAACAAAUGUUACUGAAAAAUUUAAAUAAAUUUUAAACAUUUUACUCAUUACAAUAAGAUUGAAAAUGAGCCAAACUCUUCUUACUGCAAAUACGUAAGUAAAAAUACGUAUACUGUAAGACUGAAUAUGAAAUUUGACCAAUCUUAUUAAUAAUGAUGUAAUGAUUUUAUGGCAUGUCUUUCACACUUAUUUGUCUCUUAGAACAAAAUUGUUCAUUUUAAAGUAAAUCAUCUUUAUAAUUUUCUACUUUAACGAAUACGAUUAAAGAGUUGUUCAUGACAAUUUUUCAGCCCUAUCAUCGUAAUCAUAAAAAAAUACUUCAUUACUUUCGAGUUGAUCGUAGUAUCUUAAUUGUUCGUUUUACAUAAUUUAUUAUUCUAGAAACUCAUCUUAUGAUUGAUGUCAAAUUCCAAUAAAAUAAGAUAGUUGUUUUUUUUUCUUAACAAUUCCAUGUGCUUACAAUAUUUAAGCACAUAUAAAACGUGUAUUUAAAUUAUAGUUCAUCAUUUUUGUAUAAAUUAAAAAUUCAUAUUAAGUGCCUUUUUAAAUCAAAAAGUAUUUAUAAACUUGGUCACGUUUGACCAUUGCGUCGCAUUAAAACAAAUUUGAGCAAUUGUUGUAUUUCUGAGUCAAUCAUGUUAGUUGACUUAAAAAAUACCGCAUGUAAGAUGAAAAAUGAAAGAAUUAAGCAUUAUUGAAAGAACCAUAAGAUUCAACUAUGCUUAUUUAGAGCUUAACAGAAAUUAAUGCUGCUACUCAUAAUAAUUCACUGAGUUCAAUUACUCCAUAUAAUUAUAGGUAUAUAGUUUAAUAAGAAAUAUUAAUAGACCAUAGUCUAUUAAUAUGGAGUGAGGAAGUAAUUGUGAACCUUGUGAGGAAAGUGAAAAAGAGAAAUGCGAUAAAGAGAUUUGGUAUAGGAUUUAUCAAAAUGACAAAAAACUUAGAUAUAAAUAUUUGUAUUUUUUCACGAUGUGCCUCCAGUAGGGUUUAUGAUAAUAUUAUAAAAAAAAUUAUACGAUUUAUAAAAAAGAAGGAAAGAAACUAAAUGAAUGGCCAUUCAUUUUGUAAUGUAUGUUUGCAUCACGAUACCAAGUAAUAAAAGACUGCUAAUCGUGUGCAAAUUGUCAAGCGUAUGAAAGUGAAUGUAAAUUUAACA